AUGUCGCUCACGGAAUCAUCAGCGAUUGAUAUUGCGAAAGCUGCUUCCUGGGCGUCUCGUCACCUCGCGACCCUGUCCGAAGCGGAUCGCAAUGAUGCCCUCACAGCGUUGCAUGAUGCGCUUCUCUUAAAGAAAGAUGCCAUCCUCGAAGCAAAUGCUAGAGACAUACAACUAGCAGAGCAAGCUGUCGCCCAUGGCAGUCUCAACCAUAGUGUCUUGAAGAGGCUCGAUUUAUCCAGACCAGGAAAAUACGAUGAUAUGUUGCAAGGGAUUUUAGGUGUCAAAAGUUUACGGGACCCCAUUGGGAAUGUUACGUUGCGGACCCUCCUCGACGAUGGUCUUACGCUUGAUAAAGUGGCCUGCCCCAUCGGAGUUCUGUUGAUCAUUUUUGAAGCCCGGCCAGAGGUCAUUGCAAACAUUGCUGCAUUGUCCAUAAAGUCAGGCAAUGCUGCGAUAUUGAAAGGAGGCAAGGAAUCCACGGAAUCUUUCGUGGCGAUUGCAAAUGUGAUCUCCGAAGCUAUAUCUACUACUCGCGUCCCGCAAUCGUCUGUCCAACUUGUGAAGACAAGAGCCGCUGUUUCCGAUUUGUUGGCACAGGAUUUGCUUAUUGAUCUCGUUAUACCUCGAGGCUCUAAUGAUCUUGUCAGAUACGUCAAAGAACACACGAAAAUACCAGUUCUUGGACACGCAGAUGGGCUCUGUUCUGCAUAUAUCCAUUCGGAUGCUGACCUGGAAAUCGCCACCAAAGUAAUUGUGGAUUCCAAAACCGAUUACCCCGCGGCGUGCAACUCCCUGGAAACCUUGCUCAUACAUCAAGAUGCCCUUGAAAGAGUUCUGCCAGAUGUCGCCAAAGCACUUGUCGCCAAAGGUGUUGUUCUUCGCUGCGAUGCAUCCUCUAAAGCUGCGCUCAUGGAAAGUUUGACCUUCGACGAAGCGAAGAAACUCCAAGAUGCUCAAGAGUCUGAUUUUGAGACCGAAUUCCUUGAUCUCACGCUAGCCGUCAAAACAAUAUCAUCUUCUGACGCACCUCUCGCUGAUGUCGAAGCUGCAAUAACGCAUAUCAAUUUGCAUUCCUCGAAACAUACGGAUAUCGUCGUCACCAAGUCAGAGACUGUUGCCAACCUUUUCAUGAAAGGUGUCGAUAGUGCCGGGGUGUUCUGGAAUGCGUCCUCGAGGUUCGCGGAUGGAAUGCGGUAUGGGUUCGGCACUGAAGUUGGGAUCAGCACCAACAAGAUUCACUCCCGAGGACCUGUUGGUCUGGAUGGGUUGACUAUCUAUAAGUAUUUGAUUCGGGGCAGUGGCCAUAGAGCUAGCGAUUAUUUUGACGGCGAUGGUGGCAAAAGAUAUAAGCAUCAGAAUUUAGAAAUAUCGUAA